AUGGGGGACCAGAGGCCGCAGGACCGGCCGAGGUCCCCGGGCAUGGACUCCACUCCCCGGUAUUGUGACAAACGGCCUUCCAAGUGCUUCGCGGAGCGCAAGCACAGGCGCAUGAAGUUGCCCCCCAUAGACACCGAGAACUGGAUAUUUGUGAAGGAGGGCAUGGACGACUUCCGCUACGGCUGUCCGUCUCCCGAGGAUAUGCUCAUUUGUCGCCGGGACGACUUCUUACUCCCCAAAAUCUCUAGCAGAAGUCCGCAUGCUGACCCACAAAGCAGGCAGAAAAAGCUACUCAAGAAAGCGGCCCUAUUUUCCAAACUGUCGCCAGCCCAGCUAGCACGGAAGGCGUUCGUAGAGGAAGUGGAAGGCCAGCUGAUGGCUGAGCAUUCCUUGGCCAUGGACCCCGAUGUGGCAGAAGAUAUGCCUCCAGAUCUCCUACGACAGGUGCUGAAAGUGCUGGAUCCUGAGAGGAAGCUGAAGGACGUAUGGGCUCGUUGUGAGGCCCGGGUGAAGGCAAGCGAGAAACCCACCCAGUCUGAUAAAUACCUUUCUGCAGAAGUCAUCCAGCAGCUUCCCGAGGUUUUCCUGCUUCCCGAGAUUCACUUAUCGAAUCUCCGCGUAGAGUCUCUCAAGACUCGUCGGGGGUCCCGUGUCCGCCCGGGGCAUCCGAAGACUCGUCGGGUGUCCCGUCUCCGCUCCGAGCAUCUGAAGACUCGUCUGGGGUCCCGUCUCCACCCGGAGCCUCCCAAGACUCGUCGGACGUCCAUUCUCCACCCGGAACCCCCCAAGACUCAUCGGGGGUCCAGUCUCCACCCAGAGCCUCCCAAGACUCGUCGCGGGUCCAGUCUCCGUCCAGAGCCUCCCAAGACUGAAGUGUCUCAUCUCCACCCAGAGCCUCCCAAAGCUCCAGUGUCCCAACAAUUAUCGGAGCCUCCCAAGAUUCGAGCGUCCUUUCUAAAAGCACUGUUUCCAGAAGAUACACCAAGCACAAGGAAGGAUUCUCUUAAAUUUAGAUACACAUCAGAAAAACUCCGUGACUUCUUCAAGUGGACUGAAGAAAUGGGAGCUGAUGAAGAAUCCAUCAGGGAUCUCUUCGACUUUACUCCCAAGUGCAAACCAACCUAUGACGACCAACAGAUAAAGAAGAUAAACAAGUGGUCCUCAGAGCUGCAGUACAACAUAGAGCUAGAUGAAAUGGAUGAGGUCAAAUUACUAUCAAAGGAAAAAUUCUGGAGGAGAACAUCGCAGACAGCACCAAAUUCUUAUACUGCGCAACCUGUGAAGAUGAGGUAUGGAGCGUGGUACCUCAAGCCUAAGCUGUGGAGAAAGCUAAGAAGUGAUGAACCUUUGAUUGACCCCAAGCUGUUACUGAAAAAGCCUCAUAAACCCGACAUUCUUGACGAACUUUACGGACCGAUCGCCUUUAAGGAUUUCAUUCUAAGCAAGGGCUACAAAAUGCCUGGCGUCAUUGAAAAGCUGUUUACCAGGAUGGGAUGGAAAUAUGACACUGUUAAGACUCCUAUGGAACGUGUAACAAAAUAUUUCAAGUACAAGCCAGAGGACACAAAUGUAUCGGAAGAAAAUUAG